AUGCCUGCCAUGCCUUCAUCAUCCGACUAUCUCCAGCCUCACGAUGGCGCGAGCGUUGACUCCGGGUCCGAUGACGAUCUCGAUUUGGAGGAACUAGAUCCAACCACAGCCACCUUUCAUCAAGCUCCUCACAUCCCAAGAGAUGAAGCGACGCGGAAGAUAAGCUAUGGCUCCGGGAUUGCUCUGAGGAACCUGCGUAUUGGCGGUGGGAGUCGGUGGAAGCACAGUAACAGAGCGUCAGGAGAGGAUACGCACGGCUUGCUGGAAGAUCGGGACGAAGAGACACUCCGGAGAUCGCACGCCAGCUCACACAAUUACACUGAGGACGACGCACCGCUCCUUGCCAAUCGUCGACGAAGUUCGGCCCGCUCGUUGGUCGGCGACCCGGCAAUUCGACAAAGGGUUGGUUCAGCGCGAUUCUUUGGUUUCAAGGCGGCGAGUGUUUUUUCAAGGCUCUCGAGCUGGUCUCGUCGGAGCGAUAAUGACGAUAAUGCAAAUAAACCCCCGCGCGAAGUGUUCGUUGCGCAGACACAAAGGGCCAAGUACCCGCCGAAUGUUGUAUCGAAUGCCAAGUACACCCCAUGGUCCUUCCUACCCCGAACCCUCUACAAUGAGUUCUCUUUUUUCUUCAACAUAUAUUUCCUCUUGGUGGCUCUCUCACAGAUCAUCCCCGUGCUCCGAAUAGGGUACAUGUCUUCUUACAUCGCGCCCCUCGCUUUCGUCGUCGCAAUAUCGCUUGGAAAAGAAGCUCUGGAUGAUAUCGGUCGUCGAAGAAGGGAUGCGGAAGCCAAUUCUGAGGAGUUUACGGUUGUAUCCUUCGAUAGUCCUAUGGGUAGAAAGGCAUACACUGCGACUUCUAUUGACAAUUCGGAGGCCAGCGAUGUAUUCGAGAUUACGAAGAAAUCUAGGGAUCUGAAAGUCGGCGAUGUUCUCAAAGUUCGCAAGAAUCAGCGUUUGCCGGCAGACGUGGUUAUCCUCAAAAGCAUUUCAAACGAUCCCGUGAUCGCUCGCGCAAGCUCACUGGCUGAAUCACCAGCAGACCCCAUGCAUCAAGCCUCCGGAGAUGUACCGGCUCCCGUUGAUACUGAGCCCAGUUCGAGCACAACGGCUAAUGAAGAUCACCUCUCUUCCGGUAGCGAUACAUUUAUUCGCACUGAUCAGCUGGACGGUGAAACCGACUGGAAAUUGCGCUUACCCUCAGUGUUAUCGCAGUCUCUCAGACUCAAUGAUUUCACUCGACUUAAGGUUACUGCGAGCGCCCCGGACAAACGGGUAAACGAGUUUGUUGGUACCAUUGAACUGGGUUCACGGUCCGGCUUCUACGACCCUCACGUUGACAAAGCACAACCUGGCGGGGAAGCUAGCAACGAAAGUCAGCAAGCUAAUUCCGCUCCAUUGACGAUUGACAACACGGCAUGGGCAAACACAGUCCUGGCUUCGAAUACGGCUACGUAUGCUGUCAUUAUUUACACUGGCUCGCAAACCCGAGCGGCUCUCUCAACAUCACCCUCUCGUUCAAAAGUUGGCCUCCUGGAAUAUGAAAUCAACAACCUUACCAAGAUAUUGUGCGCCUUGACCCUGACGCUGUCGGUGAUAUUGGUCGCAUUGGAGGGCUUCCAGCCGACAAAUGAUAAGAAGUGGUACAUUGCAAUCAUGAUAUACCUCAUCCUUUUCUCGACGAUCAUUCCCAUGAGUCUACGGGUCAACCUAGACAUGGCAAAAUCAGUAUACAGCAGGUUCAUUCAGCGAGACACUGAUAUUCCGGGUACUGUUGUCAGAACAAGUACAAUACCUGAAGACCUGGGUCGAAUCGAGUACCUGCUUUCUGAUAAGACAGGUACUCUCACUCAGAACGAGAUGGAACUGAAGAAGAUCCAUGUCGGAACCGUUUCGUAUGCGAACGAUGCAAUGGAGGAGGUCGCGUCUUUCGUCCGACAAGGCUUUGCUGGCAACACCUUGACCACCCCUUCUGCGGUGUUUGGAGCCCAGGCAGGAUUUGGGGCUGCACCCCGAACCAGAAGGGAAAUUGGGUCGCGUGUCCGAGACAUCAUUCUGGCACUGGCUCUGUGCCACAACGUCACACCCACAAUGGAUGAAGAAGACGGGGUAACUGUCACGAGUUAUCAGGCGUCUUCGCCCGAUGAGAUUGCAAUUGUCAAAUACACUGAAGACGUCGGUUUGAAAUUGUCAUACCGCGAUCGGCAAACCAUAGUCCUCGAGGCAACAGAUACGAGCCAUGUGGUCGUUCGUGUCCGCAUUCUUGACAUUUUCCCCUUUACAUCAGAGAGCAAGCGAAUGGGGAUUAUCGUACAAUUCGAAACGGAUAACACCAUCUUGGAGUCCACGAGCGAUGACGGUGAGAUUUGGUUCUAUCAGAAAGGUGCCGACACCGUAAUGUCGGCCAUUGUUGCGGCGAACGACUGGCUUGACGAGGAGACUGCCAACAUGGCCCGAGAGGGACUGCGGACCCUUGUUAUCGGUAGAAAACGACUAUCCUCGCAACAAUUCCAGGCAUUUUCUACGAAAUACAAACAAGCCGCGCUUGCUCUUCAGGGGCGUGACGUCGGAAUGGCCAAGGUUGUGAGCGAGCAUCUGGAGCGUGACUUGGAGCUUCUCGGCGUCACUGGUGUUGAGGAUCGCCUGCAGAGAGAUGUUAAGCCUUCCCUGGAACUGCUUCGCAACGCUGGUGUGAAGAUUUGGAUGUUGACUGGGGACAAGGUGGAGACGGCGCGUUGCGUUGCGAUUUCCGCCAAACUGGUUGCUCGUGGCCAGUAUAUCCAUACAGUCUCCAAAGUGAAGGACCGCGCAGCCGCUCAAGAGGCAUUGGACUUUCUGCGCAACAAAACCGAUUGCUGUCUGCUCAUCGAUGGCGAGUCCUUGUCGCUGAUGCUUGGUCAAUUCCGCUCUUCGUUUAUCUCGGUUGCCGUUCUGCUGCCUGCGGUCAUCGCUUGUCGGUGUUCACCUACCCAAAAAGCCGAGGUUGCAGACCUGAUCCGCCAGUAUACGAAAAAACGGGUUUGCUGCAUCGGCGAUGGUGGCAAUGAUGUCUCGAUGAUCCAGGCAGCUGACGUUGGAAUUGGUAUUGUUGGAAAAGAAGGACGUCAAGCCUCUUUAGCGGCCGACUUUAGCAUCACACAAUUUCAUCACCUCACGAAGCUCCUUGUCUGGCACGGCCGCAAUUCAUACAAACGGUCUGCCAAACUGGCCCAAUUCAUCAUGCACCGCGGCCUCAUCAUCAGCGCCUGUCAAACCAUGUACAGUAUCGCGAGCCACUUUGACCCCAAAGGUCUCUUCAUUAACUGGCUGAUGGUCGGCUACGCGACGGUAUACACCAACGCUCCUGUCUUUUCACUUGUUUUCGACCGCGACGUUGAUGAGCACCUGGCCAACCUUUACCCCGAGCUAUACAAGGAGCUCAAGUCCGGUCGCAGUCUCAGCUACCGUUCGUUCUUCAUUUGGGUGCUGGUCUCCGUUUACCAAGGCGCCGUAAUCCAGGGACUCUCGCAGAUCUUAUUGCAUACCAUAUCAGGACCGCGACUGAUUAGCGUCUCAUUCACUGCGCUUAUCAUCAAUGAGUUGCUUAUGGUUGCCAUUGCCAUCACCACCUGGCACCCAUUAAUGAUAUUCUGCCUGAUUGGCACCGCUCUCGUCUAUGCUGCCAGUGUUCCGUUCCUCGGUGACUACUUCGACCUCGAGUAUGUGAUUACUGUUGACUGGGUCUGGCGUGUAAUCGCUGUCUGCGCCGUCUCCGUCAUUCCUGUAUGGGCAGGGAAGCUCAUCCAGCAGUCCUGGAAACCCCCCAGCUACCGGAAAGUUCGGGGUUGA